UUAGCAUUGGUAAGCAUUGACACCUGGCUGAUCUGCAACUGGCUCCGAACGAAUAAAUAAAUCAGUAUAUCAACAUUUUAUGUAUUCGAUGUAAUAAACACCAGUCUGAUUUAACUCAAGGGAAUGGACUGCAGAUAAUCACGUGAAACGAGUUGUACUAUCUGAAGACCCGACGUGCACAGGAGAAGAUGGAUCGACAGGAGAAUGGGCUGAAACGUCAGCUACGCGUUUGUGUAGCUACCUGUAACAGAGCGGACUACUCCAAACUCGCCCCCAUCAUGUUCGGCAUCAAGGCACGCUCUGAUAUCUUUGACCUGGAGGUGGUGGUGCUGGGUUCACAUCUCAUUGACGAUUACGGAAACACCUUCCGUAUGAUUGAACAGGAUGAGUUUGAUAUCGGCUCCAAGUUGCACACCAUAGUUCGUGGUGAGGAUGAAGCUGCCAUGGUGGAGUCGGUUGGUCUUGCUCUUGUAAAGCUUCCCGAUGUCCUACAGCGUCUUGCCCCUGACAUUAUGCUCGUUCAUGGUGAUCGUUUUGAUGCCCUGGCCUUGGCAACGGCAGCGGCUCUGAUGAACAUUCGAAUUUUGCACCUGGAAGGUGGAGAAGUGAGUGGAACCAUUGACGAUUCCAUUCGUCAUGCCAUCUCCAAACUGGCACACUACCACGCUGUCUGCACAUGCUCGGCCGAGAGACACCUCAUUUCCAUGUGUGAAGACCAUUCUCGAAUCUUAUUGGCUGGCUGCCCGUCAUACGACAAGUUGCUAACUGCCCACCAACGAAAUGAUUACGCUGAUAUCAUCAAGUCCUGGCUCGGAGAUCACGUGAACGAGCAAGACUACAUCAUAGCCCUGCAGCAUCCUGUUACCACAGACAUCAAGAAUUCCAUUAAGAUCUAUGAGUUAAUGCUGGACGCUCUCAUCUCCUUUAACAAGAGAACUCUCAUACUCUUCCCCAAUAUAGAUGCAGGCAGUAAAGAGAUGGUUCGUGUGAUGAGGAGAAAGGGAAUCGAACAGCACCCAAACUUCUGUGCAGUGAAGCAUGUUCCGUUUGAUCAGUUUAUCCAGUUGGUUUCCCAUGCCGGCUGUAUGAUCGGGAACAGCAGUUGUGGAGUUCGGGAGGCCGGAGCAUUCGGGACUCCUGUUGUUAACCUGGGUAAUCGCCAGACAGGUCGAGAGACUGGGGAAAAUGUUCUACAUGUGCGAGACGCAGACACGCAUAAUAAAAUAUUCCAGGCCCUGAAACUGCAGUUUGGAAAACGCUACCCCUGCUCAAAAAUCUACGGUGACGGAAAUGCGGUCCAACGCAUUUUGAAGUUCCUUCAAACAAUCGACCUAUCUGAGCCACUUCAGAAGAAGUUCUGUUUCCCACCAGUGAAGGAGUGCAUCUCUCAAGAUAUUGACCACAUUCUGGAGACCCAGAGUGCUCUUGCUGUAGACCUGGGGGGGACCAACCUGCGUGUGGCCAUUGUCAGCAUGAAGGGAAAAGUAGUUAAGAGGUACAUUCAGCUGAAUCCUAAGACCUUUGAAGAGAGGAUAGAGCUGAUACUGACCAUGUGCAAACAGGCCAUGGCUGAUGCUGUUCACCUCAACUGUAGAAUCCUGGGUGUCGGUGUAAGCACAGGGGGCCGUGUGAACCCUCAAGACGGGGUGAUCCUCCACUCCACAAAACUGAUAAACGAGUGGAGUUCAGUGGACAUCCGCACACCCCUCUCAAGCACCCUCCACUUGCCCGUCUGGGUCGACAAUGACGGGAACUGUGCCGCCCUUGCUGAGAAAAAGUUUGGCCACGGAAAUGGCGUGGAGAACUUUGUCACUAUUAUCACUGGAACCGGAAUCGGGGGCGGUAUAAUCCAUCAUAAUGAACUAAUCCACGGCAGCACAUAUUGUGCAGCAGAACUGGGACACAUCGUAGUCUCUUUGGAAGGACCAGAAUGCAUGUGUGGCAGCCAUGGCUGUAUAGAAGCUUACUCAUCAGGCCUUGCCCUAGAGAGAGAAGCCAAGCGACUGCAUGAUGAGGACCUGUUGAUGGUGGAGGGAAUGACUCUGAAGAACAAAGAACAGGUGAACGCUAUUCAUCUCAUCAGUGCUGCACAUCUUGGCAACUCUAAAGCCGAGAGCAUACUUAAAACAGCUGGCACUGCUCUGGGUUUGGGUAUCGUGAACAUCCUGCACAUGGUUAACCCGUCUCUGGUGAUCCUGUCUGGUGUUUUGGCAAGUCAUUAUGAGAAUCCAGUCCGUCAGGUCAUCAGCCAGCGCGCUCUCCUCUCUGCACAGGAGACUAAGGUCAUGGUGUCUAAGCUUGAAGAUCCUGCCCUGCUCGGUGCCGCCAGCAUGGUACUGGACUACACCACCCGCCGUACCUACUGAAACCAGGAACAUAUCAGUUACAGACUUUGGGACUGAGGGCCAGUCGUGUGCUUGGUUUAUAUAUUAAGUCAAUAGUGGCUUAAAGCCUGACCUGAAAAGUUCUUUUUUUGGGGUGUAGCAGCAUAUACAUCAGCACAUGUUUCAAAACAGAAGUAGUUGUAUUUUUCAUCUGCCAUCCAGAGUUAUAAUUUUUUUUUUUAUCUUUUUUAUUUUUUACAUAAUACCAAAAUGAAAAGAGAAAACUAAACAAAUAAUGAUUAUUAAAAAAUAAAAAACUUGGGGGAUGCAAAGUGUGUACAUAAUAGUCCAUACUGAAGAUUGGUACUUGGGGAUCCUUGUGUGGUAAAGUCUGUGGGAGAGAGCGAAUAAGUUCCCAAUGCAUGUUAGGGAAAAGGUGUGCAAGGGUAGAGGAAAAAAGGUAUGCGGGAUCUCUGGCUGUGUACGGAGUAUGUAUUUAAGCGCGAACACACAAACAAGUAAAUAAGCAAACAGAUAAGAUUACAACAACCUUAGUGUAAUUUGUUCAAUACUUCACUAAAUCUGGUUGCAAUGGCCUUAUAUAUUCGACCAACAUGGUCCAGAAUUUAAUAAACAAAUUUUUCUGAAGACGAAGGGAAAAAAUAAUAUUUCUUUUUCCCAUUGUUCUUCAAUGUGUUCAGCUGAGUGAGAUUUAUUUUGUCCUAAUAGCUUUAUAAAAUGUAGAUAUAACACCUAACUAAGAUACAUUUAACUAUAUAAAGAAUUUAUGAAGGAGGAUAUAAUUUGAAUGUAUGCACAGGGAAAAUAUGAGUAUUUAAUACAUGGUGGAUUCUGUAAAUAUACUGAUGUGGUUUUAUCUCCCUCUCUCUUUUAGUGCUCUCUCUAAGUCUUUCUUAUUUUUUUGAGCACCAUAUGUUUAAAUUGUUUACUCCAAUCAUCCAGCCUGUAUGAAUGAAAGAAUGAAUGAAAAUACAAACAAAAUGCUGUUUGUCCAAUGUUUUCUAUAAUAUAUUAUUUGAUCAUUAAAACCAUUGAACGCAAAUGUUAUUAUAUUACCAGUGAAUUGCUUUAAUUUAUAACUGGACUGCAUACAUGCUGUUAUUCACUCACUUCAUAUAUAAGCAUUAUAUUUUACAAUUAAUGAGAGAUUGUAGGACAACUGCGUUCAUAGUUUUUGCCAUUAAAGUGUAUGUAUAAACUUGUAUAUAAGUUUAUAUAUAUAUCAUAAAUGCUGUCAAAAAAUGCUUUACUUGUAGAAUUGUACACUGAAAAAUCAGUGGUUUCACAUUCAUUAUUAAACUUUUUCCUAU